AUGCCGGCGCUCCCAACAUCCACUCACGCAACAGCAGCGCACCACGGUACUGACUGGCCGCUCCUCUGGGUCAUAGUCGGUGUCAUCAGCAUCGUUCUCUUUCAGAUCUUCAUCGUGGUUGCCCUUAUUCGUUGGGCGAACUUGCGCAGCAAGGCGCGGUGGAGAGAUCUGCGAAACCGUGGCAUUGCCAUCCUCGACGGUCCUUCGCUCAUCUGGAGGGACACGAUACCGCCUGCACCGACAGUCUCGACAUACAACUUACGGCAUAAGCUUCAGAUAUCAAACGAACAAGUGUCUCAGUGA